AUGACAGUGGUGUUUCACUCCCCUGAGAACAGCGGCGUGACUCCAUAUCUCAACCCCCAUACCGCCAGCUUCCACGUCCCUCUAGUCUUUGCCCACCCCCAGCUACCGCCCAUCGAGAUCAACUCUCGAGUAGCUUCAAUUCAAAUCCUCCCCACAAUUCUCGAUAUUCUAUCGGAAUCUGGAUCUCUCAACAAACAAGCAAAAUCCGCUAUCCAAGAUCUUCUCCCCAUGUACGAAGGUCAAUCAAUGAUCCGACCCACAUUCGCAGAAAAAGAUGGAAAGCAAGAUUGGCAGUUCUCAGUCAUGAACACUGGAGGAACAUGGCUUGCCCUGCGAUCCGCUGCAAAGCCUUACCGUCUCAUCAUCCCCGUCAUCCCUGACCUCGAAUGGCGGUUCUCGAAUGUCGAGACCGACCCUCACGAACUCGAAGCACUACAGGAUUUCGAUCUUUCGAAUCUGAUGAACAUGGUCUUGCCUAAGUACGGCGAAGAUGCUGUACAGUGGAUCAAAGACGCUUCCCACGUGGCGAAGUGGUGGGUUGGGGAAAAUUGGCGGCGCUAUGAAUAUGUGCCAUGA